AUGUCCCCACCAGAUUCCCCCCUCUGCACCCAGCGUCCCUGCCCCCUCCACGGCCAAGGCAUGUUCACCACCCGCACCAUCCCCACCGGCACGCUCCUCUUCACCGAACGCCCCCUCGUCCUCUUUCCCCACACCACCGUGCCCUGGAAGAAAAUCUGGCGCGCCUUCCUCGCCCUCCCCCCGGCCGACCGCACAGCCUGGUACAACCUCACGAACCCGGAGUCCACGGCCGCGCAGCGCGAGCUCGCCAAGCAGGCUGGAGAGACGAAGCGUCCGAAUUUCUGCGGCGAGGUGCUGGCGAAGUACCUGAAUAAUAGCUGGAAGGACUCUAUGGCGGGGAUGUCGUUGCUGGGGGAUGAGGCGUCGCGGUUUAAUCACUCGUAUGCUCCGAACGGGACGUGGGCGCUUGGUACCCCUGGCGAAGGGGAGGGGGAGGGGGAGAAGCGGUUCGAGGUCCGCGCGGUGAGGGAGAUGGGGGAGGGGAAGGAGUUGCGUGUACUGUCGGCAGAGGGUAAGGAGAGGCAGCGCGUCGAGCUGUUGACGGAGUUGAUGGAGAAGCUGAAGGGGGAGGUGUGUAUGGUGUGGGAUGUGCUACUGAUGUAG